AUGACGAGCUAUGGAGGCUGGAGGUUGCGAGAGGCCGAGAGGGAGAUGGACUCAGUAAGACAGGAAUGGCUGAAUGACAUGGCUUCCCAACUUCUCAUUGAAUCUUCUCUUUGUCCAGGAGAAAAGGGAGUCAGUCCAAAAACGAAAAGGCCUCUGGGUUACAAACACUGUUUCUUCCUUACUGUUAACGAAGGUGACUCCUAUGUGAAGCUCAAACAUGACAAAGAAGGGCUUCUAUCCAUGUCCAGAAGAGACCAAGAAGCUUCUUGUUCUCAUUUUGUGCUCACACUGAAAGCUGAUCAAAGCCUUGCCAGUUCUCACGUGAUUUUUGGGAAGAUUGUGGAAGGACUGGGUAAAUUACGAGAAAUUAGAGAUUAUAAUUUCUUUAUGCUGUUUAGAAUCAUCAACUGUGGUGUGUCAUAUAAUGCUAGAGAUAUUCUCACUGAUGUGAUUAUAAAGCCUUGUCCGCCUUAUGCCGUCUCUUGUGAGGGGGAGCAG